ACUUCUCAGCUGUUUUCCCAAUUCACUUUGUUAUUUGCGCUGUUCCUUCAUUUCAUUGAUAGAUAGAGAUUUCAAAACGUUUAUUGUAAUAUUGUUAUUGUCUAUUUCGUGUUGAGGCUUUUGGAAACGUAUACAAAAUUCAUUAUUUACAAAAGUGAUGUAGAGUGUAUAGUUGUGGUUGGGUGGAAAAGUGCAAACUCGUCAAAUUCUUAAAUUGUAAUAGAAUGGAGUAUUGAGUUUUGCUAAGACAACAAAUUAACAUAAAAUUCCAUUUACCAUACGGCAUUAGUAGCUGCCGAAAAUAGUUAAAAUAUUCGAAGAAAAUUUUUGUGUGGGCGUAUGCAUCGUGUACAUAAAUGCAAGUUUAAAUCGUAGGUAAUAAAAUGGUUUUAUGGUGUGAUUGUUUCAAUGGUGGCUAUCAGCAAAUUGAUACUGCACGACAAGGUCCACGUUUUGGUAUACGUCAUCUACAAUGUUUUCUUGCCUUUUGUGGCUUGGCAGUUGCGUAUGCAUUGCGUGUAAAUCUUUCUGUAGCCAUUGUGGCGAUGACAGAUCAAAAUGCCACAAAUCCAGCAUUUGAGGAAUACAAAUGGGAUGAGGGCAUUAAGUCCUAUCUGCUCAGCAGCUUUUUCUGGGGUUAUGUCGUGACACAAGUGCCCGGCGGCUACAUGGCACAUCACUAUGGUGCCAAGUAUACAUUCUUUUUUGGUGUGCUUAUAUGCUCUACGCUCGCGAUUUUGACACCGUUGUGCGCCAAAGUGGGAGACUGGCCUUUGGUGCUGGCGCUGCGUGCCGCACAAGGUCUAUCGCAGGGCAUGAUCUUUCCAUCGACGCAUACAUUUCUGUCGAAAUGGGCACCAGCUGAGGAGCGCGCACGCCUCGUUAGCUACUGUUAUUCGGGCGCCCAAUUUGGUACGGUUGUAAUGCUGUCCGUUAGCGGUUAUAUAGCAUCUUCAUGGCUCGGUUGGCCUAGCAUAUUUUACCUCUCCGGUGUUGUCGGCAUUUUAUGGUCAUUCGUUUGGUUAUAUUUAAGCGCCAGCACACCUGCCGAGCAUCCAUCGAUUAGUGUAGCCGAGUUGCGUUAUAUUGAAUCGUCGGGACAAACACGUCGACCUUCCGAUGCUGGUCGUCAAAGUAGUGCUUCACAAACACAACCACACAAAUUACCAUGGGCUCAAAUAUUCACCUCACCCCCAUUCCUAACGUUGAUUUUUGUGCAUUUAGCCAAUAAUUGGGGCUUCUGGACACUGCUCACCGAAAUACCGACGUACAUGAAGAAUAUUCUCGGUAUGGAUAUACGCAGUAAUGGUCCGCUCUCCGCAUUACCAUACCUUGCUAUGUGUUUGUUGUCGUAUGGUUUCAUCUUUUUGGGCGAUUUUCUGAAUGCGCGCUUCACAACGCGUCUAUGGGUGUCACGUAAAUUCUUCAACACCAUCGGUCAGUGGGUGCCGAUGGUGGCAUUGAUUGGUUUGGGUUAUAUAAAUGCCGGUGGUAGUGUUAAAUUGGCAAUAACAUUGUUGACCAUAGCAGUUGGUGCAAAUGCGGCCACCUAUCUGGGUUUUCAAGUCAAUCACAUUGAUAUUGCGCCAAAUUUCGCCGGCACAUUGAUGGGCAUUACAAAUUGUGUAGCGAAUGUGAUAAGCAUAAUAGCACCGCUCACAGUGGGACUGAUUGUGACGGAUGAGGAAAAUCCCGCACAAUGGCGUAUUGUGUUCUAUGUAAGCGCAUUUUUCUACUUCGUCGGCAAUCUGUUCUUCCUUGUCUUUGGUCGUACGAGUCCACAAAAAUGGAAUUUCCCACAAGGUCAGCCAGUUGCUGCUACAGGCCGAGGCGAUAACAUUACACAUAACGCCGAUGACAUACACGACAUAACCGAUGAUGAGAAUGCGCCUUUGAAUCGCAACGCUACACCAUGAGACCAACGAAGCCAAUAACAUGACAUUUAAUUUUAUUUCUCAUUUUCGAUUACGCAAACAUGCGUUUGGCUAAGUAUUUUAAAUCUUUGUCAUAAAAAAUAAUUAUAUUUUUUUUGCAAAUGCUUCCUAGCAUGGAAGUAACUGCUUUCAUGGCCAAGAAAAGGCAUGUCACGAAAGUUAAGAAUAAAGAAUUUAGAAAACUUAGGUGUAUACAAAUAUAUAUAUAUACAUAAAUAUACACACAAAUAAUAUUAUUUAUAUUUUUUUUAAAAACAACUAAAAACGUGUAUUUGUAAAAUUAAUUUAAAGCUCGAAAUGCAAUUAUAAGUAAUUAAAGUAUAAAUUUAUGUUUUAUAAACAAACCGUUGUUGUGGUUGUUGUUGUAGCGACAGAAUUCUGAAUAAACAAACCGUUCGUUUACUGCGGCAACAUUCGUAAAUUACUGCUGAUCAUAGUAAUUUUGCAUGCAAAUUAAAAACACCAUGACAUUGCCAGACUUCUGUUAAAUUAUUUUAUAUAAAUAAGAAUUUUUUUGCAGUAAUCGAAAUAUGUAUUUUAAAUUAAUUCGAAAUACAUUUAUUAUAAUCUAAAGAUAUGUUUUGUGCUGUUGUACAUAAUUUAGCGUGCAUAAGUUAGGUUAUAAAUUAUUGCCUUCUGUAUGUCAAUGUAGUAAAGUGUCUUUAAUAAUCAAAAAAUUUGUAAAAAAAAAUAAAUACGAAAUAUUUGAAAAUUAUAAAAGCACCUGAUUCCGAUCUUUCAGUUUAUAUGUCAACUGAACAAUUUGUUCGAAGAUGAACAAUAACAUUUGAACAAUACUCCAAGUCAAAUUUUGUGAAGAUAUCUUGAGAAAUAAAAUUGUUUUCCAUAUUUUUUUUUUCUUGA